AUGUACAAGAGGGCUGUGGUGAAGGCCAGGAAGAGAGCUUGUUUGGAGCCCUGGGUUAUUGGCUUCAUCACCUUUAUAUCCCUGAUUGUCCUGGCAGUGUGCAUUGGACUUAUUGUUCAUUAUGUGAGAUACAACCAAAGGAAGACGUACAAUUACUAUAGCACAUUGUCAUUUACAAGUAACAAACUAUAUGAAGACUUCGGAAAAGAGGCUUCUAAAAAUUUCACUGAAAUGAGCCAGAAAAUUGAAUCAAUGGUAAAAAAUGCAUUUCAUAAAUCUCCAUUGAGGGAAGAGUUUGUCAAGUCUCACAUUAUCAGGUUCAGUCCAGAGGAACAUGGAGUGUUGGCUCAUAUGCUGCUGAUUUUUAGAUUUCGCUCUACGGAGGAUCCUGAAGCCAUCAAUAAAAUCAUUCAACAUGUUCUACCUGAAAAGCUGCAUGAUGCUGUGGGACCCCCUAAGUUAGAUCCUGAGUCAGUUGAAAUUAAAAAAAACAUGGCCUCCUGGGCCUUCACUGCUUCCUGGUUCCUUAGUGAAAUCAACAAGACAGAAACAGACAACUUUCUGAACAGUUGCUGUGGGACACGAAGGAGUAAAACUGCAAGACAGAGUCUCAGAAUCGUUGGUGGGACACCGGUGGAGGAGGGCGAAUGGCCGUGGCAAGCUAGCCUGCAAUGGGACGGGAUGCAUCGCUGUGGAGCAACUUUAAUUAACAGCUCGUGGCUUGUGAGUGCCGCUCACUGCUUUAGAACGUAUAAGGACCCAACCAGAUGGACUGCUUCCUUUGGAGUAACAAUAAUGCCUCCAAAGAUGAAGCAAGGACUUCGAAGGAUAUUUGUCCAUGAAAAAUAUAAGUAUCCGUCACAUGACUAUGAUAUUUCCGUUGUAGAGCUUUCCAGCCCAGUUCCUUACACAAAUGCCGUACAUAGGAUUUGUCUCCCUGACACAUCUCAUGAGUUCCACCCAGGCGAUGAGAUGUUUGUGACAGGAUUUGGAGCACUGGAAAAUGAUGGUAGUGGUCAAAAUCAUCUUCGGCAAGUACAGGUGGAGCUCAUAGACACUAAAACCUGUAAUGAACCCCAGUCUUACAAUGGUGCCAUAACUGCUAGAAUGUUAUGUGCUGGCUCCAUGAAAGGAAAAAGAGACGCAUGCCAGGGGGACUCCGGAGGACCACUGGUUAGUCCAGAUGCUAGAGAUAUCUGGUAUCUUGCUGGAAUAGUGAGCUGGGGAGAUGAAUGUGGGCAACCUAAUAAGCCUGGUGUUUAUACUAGAGUGACUGCUUUCCGGGACUGGAUCCAUUCCAAAACUGGUAUCUAA